GUCACUGGACGAGCUGCGCGCGGCUGUCUGCUGCUUCUGUUUUCCCCGAUCACAGCGGGGCUCCUUUCCGUCUCCUCACCGGCAAGAGCGUCGCCUCCUGUCCCAUACUAUGGAGCUUUCAGCGGCGGGGGACCGCGUGUUUGCCGCCGAGGCCAUCUUGAAGCGGCGUGUCCGCAAGGGACGCAUGGAGUACUUGGUGAAAUGGAAAGGCUGGGCUAUAAAGUACAGCACUUGGGAGCCCGAGGAGAACAUCCUUGAUGAUCGCCUUGUUGCUGCCUUUGAACAGAAAGAAAGAGAACAAGAACUUUACGGACCAAAAAAGAGAGGGCCGAAGCCUAAAACACUCCUUUUGAAGUCACGAGCCCAAGCUGCUGAGAGCUCACCCAGAGUCCUCGAGUUUAAACCUAGUCGACCCCAGCCAUCCUCCAAACCUCCACCUCCACCUGCACCUGCACCCUCGUACCAUCCCAGUGGCCCUUCGAAUGCUAAGCUGCAGUCUGGAGCUGCUCAGCCCAAACUGAAGAAAGACAUCCACCGGUGUCAUCGGAUGGCACGGCGGCCUUUGCCCCGUCCGGACCCUUUAGCCCCACAAAUCGGUUCUUCUGGUCCCUUCUCGUCCCGUCCUACAGUCAGCCCCUUCUGUGAGACAGUCCGUAUACUUAACCGGAAGGUCAAACCUCGUGAAGUGAAGAAGGGACGGGUGAUCUUGAAUCUAAAAGUGAUGGACAAGACUGGAUCAGCAAAUAAUAAAAGGACUCAAAAUUCCAGCCAUCAGUCUCAUGUUGGGCGCCAGAAAGUUCCCUCUCGGAACAGAGUGAUCGGGAAGAGCAGGAGGUUUGGAGACGUAUCUUUUAGGUGCCUGCAGCAACCCAUGAGCGGCGCGGGAUUUUCAGUUUUUAGAAAGCCAAUCGAGGCUUAUCCAAUGGACCCUUCUGAGGAAAAGCCGAAGGCCGAGCAAAGCAGUCACAAACCAGGUACAAACCCAUCGCUGUCUUCCUCUCAAACUUCAAAAGUCAAGACCUCAGCUGUGCCUGAAGCACUUGUCGAACCACCUCAAUCUGCUUCAAGCUCAGAGGUCUCGGACAGUGAACCUCAUCCCCCACCUCCAACCCAAUUCCACCCCAAUCAAUUACCCCAAUCAGGUGAGGCCAACUCUCAAAUUUCACACGCUGCCAAAUCCACACCUCAGAUAACAGACUCGAAAGCCAAAUUGACUCAGUCAGCCAUGCCUUCCUCCCCCAUGUUCUCUUCCUCCUCUUCUUCUUCUUCAUUAUCAUCCUCAUCUGAAGACAACGAGCACAUUCUGGAUCUCUCCGUGCCUCAUGGAACCGACAGGCGAGCCAGACAGCGCCAACACUUUCGUGGCCGUCGGCAGCCCAAAGUUCCUGAAAUCCCUAUAUCCGAGGAGGCCUCGGAGGAAGACCAGGAUCUGGAUUGGCAUCCGGAGAUGGCUGCACAGUGUGCCAACGUGGUCAUUACGGACGUUACAACCAACCUCCUUACUGUCACUAUUAAAGAGUUUUGUCAUCCUCCUGGACUACCAGCAGUGGCCUCUUCUCCCUGCUGUGUCAAUAAUUUAUCUUCUUCAAAAAAGACAACCAUUUAUCCAGACUCCCCUCUGUAUUGUGGGUUUUUUUUGUCUUUUUUCACCCUUUUCUCAUAUUCCCUGCCUGCUCAAACCGCCACCCUGAAGUUCAUUGUUGUGAUCCUGGCCGCCGGGAUGGUGGCAUUUGUCGGAGCCGUAAUCUGCAUCAUCGCCGCGGUGCACGGCGGCUCUCCGUCUCCCGCAGCCGCAGCCUCAACCGCCGCACAGCCGCUCGCCGAUAAUCAGUCCCUGACUGCGGGUUCGAGUGUCCUCACCUUACCGUCAGGAUCCGUGGCCCGCGCAGGACCGUUGGACGCGCUCCAUGGCAGCGGAGAGAGAAACAGCCCGGAGUCUCCAACCUUCUACGGGAUCACCGGCGUGAGAACUGGUGGCGAUGGCGGGGAGCAGCAGGUGGUAACAGUCAGCAGGCUGAUCUGUACUCCGGUUCCGGCUGGAGAGUGUAGACAGAAAGGCUUCCAGGCGGAUGAUCAGGCUGUGUAUGCGGGAGAUCAAUGGGGGGAUCUCCGCGCCACAGCAGAAGAGCUCAGGCGCACCGUGGAGCAGCAAGAGGAGGAGAUCCGCGCCGAGCAGCACACUAUCCGCGAGCUCACCGGGAAACUCUCUGUCUGCGAAAGCGGCACACACCGGAGCGAGGGCUUGCGGGCUGGGAAAAGGGAAAGCAGAGAUGGGCUCAUGAUGCAGGACGACGCAGGUGCACCUGCACUCACCGUCCGGGAACUGGAGAGAGCCAUCAUGCACAUGAAGGAGCGCAUCGAGAAACUGGAGGCAGAAAUGGCUCCACUGGCUCACAACCACACAGAGUCAGGGCAGAAGGGCAAAGGCGGUGUCUCAAGUCCAAUCACGGUCCAGGGAGCCGCUGCGCAGAGGAGAGUGGAGGAUCUAGAGCGAGAGCUGAAGCGGAAGAUGCAAGUCCUGGAAGAGGAGAGGAAAGCACUUCGCAAAGAAACCCAGAAACAUCAGCAACACAUUGACCACGGACUGGAUGCUGUUCAUCAACGAAUCAGCAGCCUUGAGCAAGGUCUGUCUGAGAACAGGUUCCCGGAGGGUUACAGACUCUCUUUUCCUAUCAGGAGCACCUCUGUGUAUGCUGUGGUGAAACGAGCAAUCCCAAUGCUCCACGCCCUCACUGUCUGUAUGUGGCUCAGACCUGCGCAGAGCAUCCUGGGAACGGCAGUUUCUUAUGCCGUGUCAGAGGAACCUCACGAGCUGGUGCUGCAGCAAUUAGUCAAUGGCCCUGUUGAGCUCAUCAUCAAAAAUGAGGUGGCACAGUUCUAUCUGAACCUGACGGCUGGAUCUUGGCAGCAUGUGUGUGUCAGUUGGAACAGGAGAGGAGGAGUGUGGCACGCCUACGUGGGAGGCAAGCUGAAAGGUGAGGGGAAGGACCUGGCAACCCGCCACUACAGCCGUCCUGGAGGAACGCUCAUCCUAGGCCAGGAACAGGGUUCAAAGGGUGGACUUCGUUUCGAGGCAUCACGGGCUCUCUUCGGUGACCUCUCUCAGUUUAACAUGUGGGACCGGCCGCUGACUCGGGCAGAGCUUUCUGCACUAGCCCACUGCAGCACAGGCAUGCUGGGUAAUGUAGUCCCUUGGACCAGCCGCGAAGUAGAAGCGUUCGGAGGCGUCACCAAGCAGUCGGCCGAGCACUGCAGCCAUCAUACUAAAGUGCAGGAGUGAGGCGUCACAUCAGCAGGUCAUGUGAGGGAAGGAACGGGGCGAUAGGUGUCUGAGACAAGCUCAGGUGCAGAGGAGACUGGAAAAGCUUGUGUGGUGUGAAAUGUCUAUUUGAAGCAAAUACUUAAACUUUAAAUAUAAGAAUAUUGUGAGUUAUUAUAUAUUUUUAUUUACCAGAAAGGUUUUUGUAUGCAUUGGGAAAGAGAAAAGGUUUUGGAACUAGUAAGACAUUCCAUCUUUUUACUUUGCUUUAAUGAGAGUUACAUUCAGGCAUUACAUCAGUUUUUGUUCAUUUCUUUAUAUGCACUUUAGAUUUUUGUUAUUCUUCAUGUUGAAGACAUUACAGAAUGAAUAUCUUCAGCUCAUGUGAACCAAACUUAGAACUGAUUGCAAUGCCUGCGAGAAGCUGAAUCAGUGUUAAAAUGAUGGUGUUAUUAUAGGGAGCAUGGGUGCUUAGCACAUUUGCUUCCCACUUCCUGGGUUGGGGGUUUGAUUCGCAGAGUAUGCGAUUGUUCUCUACAAUGAGUUUGCAACUCCAUCCAAUGUUGCCCCCUGCCUUGGCUCCCCUCGACCCUGUGUAAGAUAAAGAGGUUCAGAAAAUGGAUGGAUGGAUGAUUGCCUCAUAUUAUAUGAUUCAUUUUUAACCACAUAACACAUCGUUAUCACAUUUAAAACUUUUCAACGGCUGGCAAAUUCAGUUAAGAAAAAUCAGCUCCAACAGUCUGUUUUGCUCACACCUCCAUGUUCAAACCUCACCACCAGCUCCUGGAAAGACACUCUAUGAUAUGUAUUUGCCAGAAGAAGCUUUAUAGAGAUUUGGGUAAUUUUUGCAGCUCAAAUAAUUAAUGAACAGCCUCAAGGAGUCCUUUAAUUCCCAGGAGCUGAUCAUGACUUUAGAACAAACAUUAUGUUUUUGCCCUUGACAAAACAUUUACAUUUUCAAGGUCUGAUUUCCACUGUGGAGGAAGUGGAGCAUGUUAUUGAACAGCAUAAAUUUGUAUAGAAUGAAGAAGCCACCAUGGGAAUGAAUAAGCUUCACUCCCCGGAUGAGCUAACCUUAUAGCCCCAAGCAUUUUUUUGUUGUUGUUGUUUUGUAAAUUAUUCUAAUAAUGGAACAGUAUUUUUGUUUACAUUAUUAAAAUAAGCUAUAACACACUUUAAUGUCCAGUUUUUGAUCAUGAAAAUUUCAUGAAAUUCUCUGGAGCUGCUCUUUAAAAUCUAUUAUUAAGUCAAUACACUGAAGCAAAUAGAAAAGUUCUGUUGUGUGUAUACAAUUGAGGAAUGUUUACCUAUGGAAUUACUGUAUUUUAUUUUGCUAGAAAUCUUGGCUCAAACUGUUUUCCUACCUGACCUUGCAUAAGGUCCCAAGUGCAGUCAAUAACCCAUGAUGCAGUGCAUUUCGUUAAGCCAUUAUUAUUAAUAUCUGUAUCUUUGUCUCUCUCUUUUUUUUUUAUAACUGUGAUUAAAUCUACAUUCCAUAUGAAAUGAGAUCCAAUGGGAAUUGUACUAUAUAAUAUACUGUGUAUGUCGUGUGUAUAUAUUUAUAUCUGAUCAGAGUAUGUUAUUAUUCUCUGAAUACAGAGGUUCGGUGGAGUUUUCCAUAUUGACACUGAACCUGGAACAUAAACGCCAGCGCACAGUGGAUUUGUUCCAAUUGCAGGACAUGCUGAGAAGAUAUUAAUAUUGUUUUGCACAUUUUCACGAGUGCUGCCCGAAAAAAAAAAACGGCAGCAGCAUGCAGUAGCACAAGGAUGUAACUUUGACAGAUGAACUGAAAAGAACUAUUGAUCUAUCAUUUCUAUUCACUGUUUAUCUCCUUUAUAGUGCAUUAAUGUCUGGUUGUUUGUUAAUGUUAAUGCGGUGCCUGUUAUUUGUGUGGUCACUGUGAUGUCAUGUACUUGGUGUAUACAUAAAAAUAGCUCAUGUUACAAAAGAAAAA